CAGAGGCUUGGGAGACAUCACAGCCGUCUCUCUGCUCCAGUCCAUCCCUGGCCCCGCUAGAUUCAGCGUUUCUCCUGUACUGACAUGGAAGUGGAAGUUUCUCGACGGUUCUCCGUACGAUCCUGCUUCAGCGAAUUCAACGACUUCGUGCCUACCCAGCCGACCUACCCGUACGGGGCCUGGCACGACCCGCCUGCCGUCUCGCGCACCGUCCAAGAACCGCACAUCUCCCGACGAGACUUCGACGUCCGAUUGCAGGCAGAGAACAAGAACAACAACGACUCCCAGUCGUCUGACAUGUGUGUGACUUCUCCCGUCAUGUCAGCCGACAAGGCAGCGACGGACACGGCAAUGUUCUCGGAGACCAGCGUAGAAGACACCGCCCGCAGCCCGAAGGCAGAGACGGACGACAAGACCGCGCCAACAAGCACCCGCAAGGGGAAGAAGAAGCCGUACCGCCGCCAUGCCAAGCCGCCGGUGUCCUACACGGCCAUGAUCGCGGCUGUGAUCCAGGAGUCCCCCGAGAAGAAGCUGACGCUGCUCCAGAUAGUGGACGAGCUGAAGAAACGGUACUCCUUCUUCAACGGAGACUACAAGGGGUGGAAGAACAGCGUUCGACACAACCUCUCACUCAACAAGUGUUUCGUCAAGGUCCCUCGUGACGCAGACCGUCCGUUUGGUAAAGACAACUUCUGGACGGUGGACGGCAUCGAGAGUUACCUGAACCCCGACGGCACGUUCCGCCAGCGCCGCAAGCGUGCCCAACCCGGCACGGCGACCACGAGGAAAGCCGUACGAAGCGACUCCGAAGAACCGAAGAAGCCAACGAAGGGCAAGCGACUACUGAGAGCUGAUCGUACUCGGCACGACUCGUCGGAAGCCGAAGAUAGCCGAACGGAGCCGAAAAUCGACGAGGAAGGCGAUCGGAAGGAAACAGAACAGCAGACAAGCAAGUCUACUCAAGAUGACGAGUAUAAGAUCAGGAACGAGCCCCCAAAGACUGAAAAAUUUCGCGGCCCGUACGCCAUCGAAUCCUUGCUGUCACCUCGCGACGUUACCGACGGCCCCGACCACAGCCCCGUCUUGUUCUACCUGUCCCCGCGGUACACGCACAGACCAACCCCCGAGCAGCAGGGUGAGACGGCUAUGGACGUGGACAGUCCGUCUUCCGACGACAACAAAUCACCUGAGAAGGUACUGUGCGACGAGAACAACCAUGUAGCUGACAAGCCAGUGCCUCAAUAUGACGCCCCGGCGACGACGUCACCGAGUGAGACACCUAUGCAUGUGACGCAAACGUUCCACAAGGACACGCCAGCCGCUGAAACACAUGCACAGCCACAGGGACAGGCAACGUACGGCAACGCACGUAGUGACCGUGACGUUACACCUGUUCGAACCGCACCUGGAACCGAUGACGCCACCCAUGUACCGCCUCCUGGCGAGGAUGCUGCACAUGUUGUAAGUCAUCUACAUCAGUUCGGCAGUCACGUGUCAGGCCCACCACCUCCUCUCUACCGACAGCCCUCUCCCCCGUGGUCCUAUCGAGCCUCUCCUCCGAACGAUCGGUACAGCUCCUGCUGGGAAGGUGGCGUCGACUCCACAUUUCCUUCGUUCCGUUCCUCGUUUCACCCGAGCCCAGUGGUCGUGCCGUCUAGUCCCUGGCUGGCGCAUCCCGACAGGAGCAUCCACAGUCCGUACGGCUUCGACCUGCCGUCGCUCCGCUCCUGGGCGAGCCCGGGUUCUGCUGUGUGGCCGAGUCCGACGUGGUCCCCAACUGGUGGCGGUAUGAGUCCUGUUAUCAACUUCACCGGGCCGCUAACAGAUCCUAGGUUUAGCUCCACUCCGUAUCCUCCACCACACAGCUUGUCGGACAGAUCUAACUCAAGUUCUCUGUCAGACUAUUCCUCCUCACACCCUCCUGUCGUCUCGCAGCACGGACAUAUCCCUCCGCCGACAGCUGAGGGGAUGGCUCACAAAACUGCCGAAUCAGCGCAUUGUAGUUUUAGUUACUGUCCACCAGUGGUGAACCAGGCUCACCAUUCAGUCCGACCUUUUACUGGCUGUUCGAACACUCGUCCCGACUUCAGACCACCGACGCGACCCAGCAUGGCCUUCGGGUCGGGCGGCCCACCCUCCCCGAGAGCUCCCGGUGUCAACCCGCCCUUCAUGUUACCGGCUCGAAGCCUGCACCUGAUCGAGCCUGUGCCCAGACACCUGUCCUACGUCUACCACAGCGCCAGUGCAAACUGCACCUGCACACUGUGUGUGGAAGCCCACAGAGCCUGGAGCAAGUAGUGUCGAGUUUGAGCCAUUUACUGUGAACUGUAUUAUAUGUGUCGAGUUUGAGCCAUUUACUCUGAACUGUAUUAUAUGUUUUGGAUGGACCGGCACCUUGGAUCACCUUUGAUAUAUAAUCUUCAGUUCGGACAAAAAUACUAGUACUAGAUUUUUCAAGUUGCACCACACAAGUUCUAUUUAUACAGAAGCACAAGUUGGUAGACUGAGUGUAUACGCACCCGUCAUUUUCGUGGACUGGCAAAGUGCAGCCCCAUGUGAUAUGAAGAUAAUGAAAAGGCCAAACUCCAUUGUAUGACGAUGAUAGAUAUGCGUUCCAAGAACUGUGUCUAGGUUAUACCAUGUCUCAAUCGGACAAUGAAUGAAUAUUUUUUGAACGUGCGUGCUCUAUUUGUGUUUAAAUUGUACCUGAAGUCAUUUUUUAUCAUUAGCUUUUAUCGAAAUUGUU